AUGGAGGAAAGAUUGCUGAAAGAGGUUUGCAGUUGGGCAACAGCCUCUGGGUUCGAUGUGGGCCUUGCCGACCAGCUGACCUUGAAUCAGUUGAUGGAUAUUUUGGACAGGUCUGGCCGAACCUACUUCUUCUUGAUCGACGAAGUUCAGCGAUAUUUCGAAGUGAGGCAGGGAACGUUCCCAUUGUGGGAUACACUCAAAGGUUUCGUAGGAGUCAACAGGCAGCGCUCCAACCUGCACUUUGCCAUCACGGGUUCAGCCAUGGUCCUUGCGUGGCAAAACUUUCUCAAGAUGACUCCCAAUGGAUUUACGUUUGUUGGCGAGUGUCGCAAGAUUUUCCUCCCGUGGCGACAUCCCAGCCAUGAGCUGGACUAUGCCAAAUGCAAAUUCCUGGCCACUGCAGCCAACGAGCCGGAAAGAGACGACCUGACAGAGUUGUUAGCUGAGAUCUCAUCCGUGCCGUUGAUGGCAUAUACAGCAACAAUGCGGAAGUACUCACAGUCCGUUAAGGACACGCAACUACAAGUGAAUCUCAAGUUGAGAGCGGAGUUUGUGACGGAGAUGACGCUUUUGCUCGGGGAUCCCACUUGGAGCAAACCAGAACGCUUGCAGUACAUCCGAGACUUGGCCAUGGGUGGGGCGACUUCUGACCCAGCAGACUUUUUCGAUGAGAUCCUGUACGGCUGCUUCUUUGAGCCAUAUAUUCAGAAAUUAAAUGGCAAGUUCUCGUUUGCAGACAACCCAUGGACUGUUUGCAUGGCGCAGUGUGUAGAUGAGAACGGGACACUUGUGAACCAGUCCAAUUUUCCUGUGCUGCAAUAG